AUGCCGCGCAUCCCGGUUCGCACUGAGCCGUACUCGUCGCCCUCGCGACAGCACCGUCACUACAAGAACAAGAGGGACCAAGUCCUUCGCGCUCUAGGCAAAGCUGCCUACAUCAAUGGCUCCCACUUUGCCAUCAUGUGGGUGACGGCCUCGGGCCAGUCAGAGGUCUACGCGAGCGACGCUUUCCAACCUCGCAUCGACGAUUGGUUCGAGACGAGUGGCAUGCGCGAGGAGGGCGUCAAGCUUGUCCUCGAGCGCGGCAACCACUGCCAUGCAAUCAAGGGCAAGGGUCUCGAUGCUAGUAGCGGCAAGGCGGCAACAAACACUUCAGGACAGGCCGACGACGACGACGGAGAGGAUGGCGAUGAGGGAGACGACGACGAUGGCGAUGAGGAUUUGAGCGACCACGAGGGGCCCGCCAGCGGCCGCGCCUCGCCACGGUCCAAAAAAGUAAAGAGCAAUGCUCCUACUCCCCUCAUUGCCUGCAACGACGACGUCUUUGGCUCGACGUCAGCUGCCGUCUCACCAGCUCCUCCUACAUCCAUGUCACCCUCCGGCAGGCCAGGAUCUUCGCAGUCGACAUCGGCCGAUUUGGUGCCCACUCGCUUGGCUCGCAAAGCACUGGCCCCCAUCGAUAUCAAUACAACCAACAAGCAGUUCUCGCAUCAGCUUCUCAACACACAAAAGGACGACGUCGACUUCAUGCGCGCACCAAAGUCAGCACCGCUCCCCAACUCAGACGGCGGCAAGCCCCUUAUGCGUGCGCCUAGCUCUACCACCGUCAACCCUUCCAAGCUCCUGCCCGUCACCCUUGCCGAUCGUGCUGCUCGCACCGCCUUCUUUGAGCUGCGCUUCGGCCAGAUGCAGCAAGGAAUGUGCAAGACGGUAGCCAAGGCGUGGAUCAAGAUCAUUGAGCCAAAGAAGCAGACACGUUGCCCUUACAACAAGGGCGAAGAGGGGAAGCCCGACUGGUGGCCAGAAGGGGUACGCCACAAGGAGCCUGACCAUCUCAUGAAGCCAGAACGGCAUGCAUUGCUCCUCGCCAUCCUGCGAAGCCCCAAGGUCAAGGUCGCUCGAUUGCAGCUCGCGACAGCCGAAGUCGUCGCCAUGAUUCGCGCAGACAAGGUCAGCCUCCUCAUGGACCUCUACCGCAUCGCUCGUGAAGAGGAAAGGCUCACCGAUGCCCGAGCUGAGACAGCAGACACGGAACCCAUCACAGUCGGCGUCUCUACGCUGGCUGGUUGGAAGCCUGGAGGAGGGCUCGAUGAGGCCGGCAAGCUCGCCACGCUCGGCGAGGACUCUCCCGAGGUCGACGACAAGCCUGCAGGGCGCAACAGCAAAGCCGCAGCAAAGAAGCGCAGGCCCAGCACUCUUGGGCGCAGCGUCAGCUCUACAAAUGUCGAGAAGAAGCAGCGACUCAGCAUCAGCGCGGGAGCUUCGAGCGGCAAGACGCUCGCCAUGCCUGAGGCUGUCGCUCUUCAAAGGAGCCACUCGCACAGCGACAUGCCUCUCAACAACAGCAUGGUCACAGCCUCGUCGCUCGUCGACUCUCCCAACCGCAUGAUCCAGGCGUGGUCACAUCAAGCCAGCAUGCCCGGCUACUCCCCCUUGAGCACCCAGGCUGGGCCCUCCGGCCACGCGCAUACCAGAAAUCUACAAUACCAGCUCCAACAGCAGCAGCAACCCACCUACCAGCAAUACGCCGCUCAGCACCUGGGCAAUGAGCACUCUCCCUUCCUUGGCAGUAGCGCAGGCAGCUCGCCCCACUUUGUACAGCAAGGCUUUGCACCUCCAAAUCAGCGUCUGCAGUACCUUUCUCAGCAGCAUCAACCAGGCAGUCUCUCUGCGCCACAGGGCAGCCAUGUUCCGCUAUACCCCGUCGGUGCUCGUGCUGGUGCAGCGGCUGGCCGCGGAUUGGGUGCGUUGGAGCCAAGCAGCGGCGCCGGGAGGACGAGUUCGUCUGUGCGCGGGUCGCCUGUGCCUAAUUACAACUUCCACUUCAGUAGUGGUAGCGAGGGGUACGAGAAUACGAUGGAGAGGUACGAGCAGCAGCAGAGCAACGUGCAGCAGCAGCAUCACCAACAAGCACAGCAGCAGAGCCCCCUGUUCGCCGAGCCGCAGUCUAGCAGCGAGAACCAACAUGGUUCAGCUCUCGGGCUCACUGGCGUGCCCACAGGUAUGACAUCUUGGAACAAUCCGUUCGACCCGGCCUACAUGCCUUGGGGCCCCCAGCAGCAGCAGCAGCCCCAACAGCCCCAACACGAUCAGCCUCGCCAACUCGCUCAGCAGCAGCAGCAGCCUCUCCCGUCCUACUACAGCGCACCCGCCCGUCAUAUGACCCUUCCCUUCACUAGCUCCUCCACAGCAGACGAGUCUCUCGAAGACAUCUCUGCUGGGGACCUCUCCUUCGCCUCCACUGCUGGACCGAUGACGCCGCAGCAUGGCCAUGCUCACGGACAUGCGACGCAACAGCUUAACAAUCAGCAACAUCUGGCACUGCAGAAGUUGGCGCAGCAGCAUCAGAUGCAGGAUGGCCAGCUCGGUCAGCAGGUCCAGCAGCCUGAUUUGCUCACGCAAAUGUACGGGGGGGCCGUCCCUGCCAGACUGGCCAGACAGCCCGGAGGGUACGUGGAGUGGAGCGGCGAGACGUAA